AAAGAUGAAACCAAGAAGGAAUAUGGCAGCAGCUCAUACACCACAAUAAAAUGGUGAUUGUGAAAGAAUAAAUGGUACUUAUCCUAGACAUGGUGCGAAGCUUAUUGACAUGGAAUGUUAAAUGAAUUUUGGCUAGCAGCAAUUAAUUGGAGUAUUCAACGUUCUAAGUAGUUCUACGAUGGUAAAAAAUAUGACACUGAAAGAAGCAUGAAGUCGCAGACGACCGGCUGUUGCCCAUUUCAUAAUUUUUGAGUAUAUAGCAAAUGUCCAUGUACUAAGCCAGCAAGGAAAUAAGUUGAAUGACACAGAAGAAAUGUGAUUUUGUUGGCAUUAGUGGUUAUUCUAAAGCUUAUGGGCUUUACAAUCUUAUUACCAAGAAGAUUGUUAUCAGUCUAGUCGCACUCUUUGAUGAAGACAGAAUGUAGGAUUGGAAUGCUAAGAUGGCUAGCAAGCCAUUGCUAACAAAUUUUGAUGUUAAAGACACAAUCUGUCACAGCAGACAGAAGUAAGACCGUCAUUGACAAAAGUGGCAAGGCAGCCAGAACAGAGUCAACCAAAAGCAACAGGACAAAUUUCGCCAGCAACUAAAAAUGUUAGCAAUCCAGCAAUCAACUCACCUCCACAACACACCAAGAAAAACCCAGUUUGGAUGCAAAGUAAUGAGAUAUCAAAUACACGAUCAACAGUUUAUUAUUCUUUAGUCACCAUUUUCAUCUUUAUUUAUCAUUAUAUAUAUUUUUACUCAACUUUCCUCUUUCUAUUUAUCAUAAGAUAUUUCAUAUUUUCUCAAUAUUACAAUAAAAUAUAAAGAGCUUAAAAUCACAAAUAAUUUAGUAAUAUAUGUAAUAAAUAUAUACACAUAUCCACAUUAUAAGUUUUAACCAAUAUAAAAUAAAGAAUCUACAUUAUUUUCCUCAUUUUUUUCAUUUUUUAUUAGUAAUUUAUUUCGUUAUUAUUUUCCUCCUAUUAUCCCCAUAUCUUCAUUAUUCUUUCAUAAUUCCAUAGUCAUUCCUUUAAAUCUUUAUCUAUCAAAAUAUAUUCAUUUUUGCACUGUUUUUUUCUCUUAAUACUUUUUCAUUUAUCUAUGCUUCACUUUCAUUAUUUUUUCCUGGGACUCUUUCUCUUAGCUUAUUUUCUCACAUUUCAUCAUUAUAUUUAUCUAACUACUCAACAUUUACCCUCAUUUUUUUCUCUAUAUAUUUAUAAUUUAUUUGUUAUUAAUCUUUCACUUCUUAUCCUUAUUCCCCCAAUAUUACUCUUUCUUGGCCACUUCUUGCAUUUCUAUUUAUUAUUAUAUACCAUUUUACCCCAAUUUCUUUCUCUCCAGCUUGUUAUGUGUAUAUUAGAAUUGUUUAACUUUUUAUCUUAAUGAAUAUAUUAAAAGCCUUUAA